AUGCAGGGCCCCGCGAUCUCAUUUCGAGCGGAGCAGAUAGGUGCGGAGGUCGCGAGUCGUGAUAGAAGAAAGGAUAAUGCAAAAUCGCCAAUGGAAAUCGACAUCGAGCUCGAGGCGCUUGCGGUAAGGGCAAGAGCAGUGGGGAAGUCCCUCGUGCAGUCAGAUCUUGAAAGACUGUCCAUGCAACUCCAGGAUCUGGACGAGCCUCCGCCGAGACGAUUCGGUCAGAACACCCUGAACAGUGUCCACAGCAAUGCCAGCAGCGGUGCCAGUCGCAAUGAUGUUGAAACACUUCCGGAACUUUCAACAUCCUACUGCUCAACGCCAUCGAAUGGAGAAUUCAUACCCCGAACGCCAUCCAACCUGUCUCAGCUCACUGUAAAUCAUGCAGGCGUCAAAGCGUUGUCAGGAACUGGACGACCACGAACAUCGAGUCCGCUGGUGACUGGCGUGAGUAGUGCAAACGAGUCCAACGUAUCCAGUUCAGAUAGACACAGCUCCCGGCGCUUGUCUCGACCAUCGGAAGAGGAGCUCAAGCGUUUCACGACCAGCGAUGGUUCGUAUAGCGAGGCUCGAAGAAGACAACGCUCAUCGAGCUUCUCAGCUGUGCAGCACAAUCUUUAUUCCACAGAAGCAUCGAAGUUACAGCACAACCCAGAACUGGCCACUCGAUGCCGUCGUGCCUCUCUGCCCAGUGUGAUUGACCAAAGCGAGGCACUAACCUGGUUCGGGACGAGUCCCAUACACCGUCGAGAUAUCAAUUUGCCCGCUGGUAUCCCUGCUUAUCCCAAAAGGGUGGCUCCGAGGCGGCCCGAGGACGAGAUCGAAACGAUAGGAGGAGCCGAAGACGCGGUUGAGGAUCAGAAAUGUUUGCCUCAAAGUGACGAAAAGACAUCAAGCAGCGAUUCCUCGAAGGCCAGCGUUUGGAGUCGUGCAGCAGCGAGCAUCGAGGCAACAUACUACCCGUCGGAAUCGCCUCCAUUGAUAAUGCCCACGGGUCCCACAGACCUGGAAAAGACAUUGUACCUCAAAACUAAUCGGUUGGGUUUGUAUUCUUUCGGUGUGUUUUCUUUCCUCAGCCUUUCAGUCGGUAUGUGGCUGUUUGUCGUGUCUUCUGUAAGUUCCGUGCGGGGGGUUGAUGGAUCGAUAUAUACUGACACCAGCAAGUCUGUGUUUUACUGGUUCGGCGCCGUGGUGUUCCUCCUUCAGCUCUACCUCAUCAUAUCGUAUACAGUCUCCAUUUGCGGCAAGGACUACGAUAUUACCAAGCAUCACCGUAUUCUUGCCGAAAAUCCCAUCGAUCCUCAGGGGAUCGAUUGCCCGUCGAUAGAUGUCUACCUCCCAUGUUGCAAGGAACCAAUUGAGAUCCUCGAGAAUACAUACAAGCAUAUCCAGCAACUCCAAUGGCCGGCCGGGAAGCUGAAAGUCUGGGUGCUCGACGAUGGUGGUUCGGGAGCCGUGCAAACACUGGCGGGGUCGUACGGGUAUAAUUACAUCUGCAGAGAAGAUAGGCCGCGUUUGAAAAAGGCGGGAAAUCUACGUUGGGCGUUUGCCAGGACCGAAGGCGACUUCUUUGCGAUAUUCGAUGCUGUGAGCACGCAUCCACCAGAGAUUGCUCCAUGGCGAAUGGUUUGCUGA